AUGGCUGUCGCAUCUAUCCAGGACCGAACCGCCGAGUUCAAGUCGGUCCUCGCCCAGGCCCAGCGUCGCCAGAAUGCAAGCAAGGUGGGCUCGCAGAGGAGAUCGCUGCUCAACGACGCGCAAAAGUCUGCGGCAAACGGAGAUGCUCGGGUGAGAAGAUCAGACUUUGCCAGGAAGGCGGCGGAGAUUGGAAGAGGCAUCUCGGCCACCAUGGGCAAGCUGGAGAAGUUGGCGCAACUCGCAAAGCGCCGCACUCUCUUUGAUGACCGGCCGGUGGAAAUCAACGAGCUCACAUUCGUCAUCAAGCAAGACUUGUCGUCGCUGAACCAACAGAUCGGUGCCUUGCAAACAAUGUCGAAGCAGCAGCAUCCCAAGGCCGACCAGGAGGGCGAGCACAACAAAAACGUGGUGUACUUGCUUCAGGGCAAGUUGACCGAUGUCUCUGUGAAUUUCAAGGACGUGUUGGAGGCCCGAACAAAGAACAUCCAGGCGUCGAGGUCACGCACCGAGAACUUUAUAUCCUCAGUAUCUCAGCAUGCACAGCCGUCACUACAGCAGUCUGCCUCGCCCCUGUACGGAACUCCAAAUCGAGCAUCGCCUGCGCCUGGCAACGACACUCUCUCCUUGAACCCAGGCCCCGUGGGCGACCAGCAGUUGUUGAUGAUGGAGGAGGCCACCACUACCAAUUCGUAUAUUCAGCAGAGAGGAGAGGCCAUCGAGGCCAUUGAGAGAACAAUCAACGAGUUGGGAGGAAUCUUCAGCCAGCUGGCGACCAUGGUUUCCGAGCAGAGCGAAAUGAUUGAGCGAAUCGACGCCAACACGGAAGAUGUUGUGGACAAUGUGGACGGGGCGCAGCGCGAACUGAUGAAAUACUGGUCGCGGGUAUCGAGCAACCGGUGGCUUAUCGCCAAGAUGUUUGGAGUUUUGAUGAUUUUCUUCUUGUAA